GAAGAACACCAGAGCGGGACUACCCUCCAGCAACAGAGCAGCAUCGGAAAAGCGGGUUCCUAGUUUCUUGACAUUGCGAAUACCUAGGAUGAAGCUUUUCUGUCUAGUCAUCCUGUCGUGCGCAUGACAAGAGGUUGUUGGUGUGUUUGUUUUCCCCGCGAUCCCCGCAACAAAGGAAACCUGGAGACGACGGGGUCUUCCUCGAUUCGGGAUGCCGGCUACCCCGACUCGGGACUUGCAGCUCUUGUACCUGCACGCCACAUCAACCAUCUAAAUGGGCUGGCGGCUUGCAAGAGAAACACUGGUGGAAAACAGGUGGCCAGGAAUGAUCCUCCCUUGUCGCAUUCCUGUGCGCAAGAGCCCGGUGAGAAAGGCGUGCGACGAUCACCAUCUAGUCAAGUUCCUGUGUGUGCAAUUCAACAAACGCGAUUCCGAGUUCGGCCGAAGACUGUGCGCACUUUUGGCAGUCCUUGCGACAUACGUCCAUACGAGACGGUUGCCCUAAUUCCCGGCCUCAAGAGGAAAUAUGGGUCGCCGCGUUGGUAUGUUGCAAAUGCCAUGACACACCAACGUCCGAUAAAGCAGAUAGUGUGGAGGAAGAACAAGACUUACGAGACAAGCAUUCUUUCCGUUGAAUAGAGGAGAGUCAGAGGCCAGACUCUACUUCUGCCACCGUCGAUCAGGGGGGGGUUUAUGUUCAUGCUUUCAUGCGGACAUCUCGAGUUCCCAUGGCGU